CUCUCCAUCAUCAUCGUCAGUCUGCGAGAGUCACCGACGGAAACAGCAUCACGAGCCACCGGAUUGAUCUGUAAUGCCAAAAAUGAUCAGUCUCACAUAACGCUCCGAUUGUCAAUGACAACGCGAGCCCAUAGGCACAUCGCACGGUAGCUAUUUAUUCUCGUAUUUAUUUAUUUAUUUAUUUAUACUCGGGUAUUUUUUUUACUCCAUUGAUAUUUCGGUAAUGGCUGUGCUCGCGAGCUGCGGCUGUUGAGAGGCAGGUGCAUCGUCGGACAGACGCUCGCUGGGCGUGAUGCGAUGCGAUGGGUUUGGCUCCAGCGCAGCGAUGAGACGGACGCAACCGGAGGAUCGUCGAGCAGCAGCGGCGAGGCGCGUGUGAUCGAGCCGCCGACACUGUGGCGCAGGAGCACCGGCGGCGAAGAGGGCUCGUCCCCUCCCGUGAGCUCCGUCUGAUCGACAAAUACUGAAUAUUACACGGUCGUGCGUCCCGAGAUCCGGCUGUCGCUGGUGCAACCGGGCUGUGGAGCGAAGCGGCAUCAUGUGCACCUGAUGACAUUGUCAUGAACUCAUAGAAGCCGUUUCGCCAUUUCUAUUCGCGUCGCCGGUGUGUUAUUUACUCUUUCUCUAGUAACGAGCUCCGAUCAAACGCCGCCAGGAUGAUGGAGCUGGACGAGGUGGUGUACCAGGAUGACUACGGGGCCGUGUCCGUCAUGUCAGAGCGGGUGUCGGGCCUGGCCAGCAGCAUUUACCGCGAGUUUGAGCGCCUCAUCAAGACCUACGACGAGGAGGUGGUGAAGGAGCUGAUGCCGCUGGUGGUGAACGUCCUGGAGAACCUCGACUCGGUGUUAACGGAGAACCAGGAGCACGAGGUGGAGCUGGAGCUCCUCAAGGAGGACAACGAGCAGCUCAUCACGCAGUAUGAACGGGAGAAAGCACUGCGCAAACAGGCGGAGGAGAAGUUCAUUGAAUUUGAAGAUGCCUUGGAGGCAGACAAGAAGGAGUUGCAGACCAUGGUGGAGACUUUGGAGCUACAAACAAAACAACUCGAGCUGAAGACCAAGAACUAUGCUGACCAGAUCUCUCGUCUGGAAGAACGAGAAUCAGACAUGAAGAAAGAGUAUAACGCCCUUCACCAGCGCCAUACGGAGAUGAUACAGACAUAUGUGGAACACAUUGAGCGCUCAAAGAUGCAACAGUCAGGCAGCAAUCAGUCCGAGUCUACAGGCUGUGGACGGACUCAACGACAUAACUGGAGGAAAAGUAAAACAGAGCGCCCCCCAUCACUGAGUUUGUUUCCUGGCGGAGAUGGCAUGGUACGUGGGGGUCCUGGGGGGGCUAGAAUGGUUUCGUCAGACAUCUGGCAUUCCAGCGAUCUCAGCAGACCUGUCUACGCCCCUGGCUACCAGGAGGAUGGCUCAGAUUCAGACUCGGUCGCAGCCACACCCAGCAGCACAGGGAGCAAAUCAAACACUCCCACUUCGUCUGUUCCCUCGGCAACAGUUACCCCUCUGAAUGAUGGGCUGGUAUCGGUGGGAGGGUUCGACAUGUCCCGGGGGCCGGGCCGCAAGAAUGCAAAGCGUCUUAGUAGAAACAUGGAGGUGCAGGUCUCUCAGGAAACCAGGAACGUCAGCAUUGGUAUGGGCAGUAGUGAUGAAUGGUCAGAGUUUCAGGAAAUUAUAGACUCAACACCAGAGCUAGAUAUGUGCUUGGACCCUCGAAUCUUUGGAGGAGGAAACAGUCCUUCUCAGGGCAUAGUGAAUGAGGCAUUCGGCAUCAACACAGACUCUCUGUACCAUGAGAUCAAAGACGCCAAGUCGGACAUCAUCGGUGAUGUGGACGCAGGAGCGGAACUUCUCGGGGAAUUCUCAGUCCGGGAUGAUUUCUUUGGUAUGGGGAAAGAGGUGGAAAAUCUACUAACAGAGAACAAACAACUACUGGAGACCAAGAAUGCCCUGAAUAUUGUGAAGAAUGACCUGAUUGCUAAAGUUGAUGAGCUGUCGAGUGAACAGGAAGUUCUCCGGGAAGAGCUGGAAACAGUGAAACAGUCCAAGAGCAAAGUGGACCAGAGAGUGAAAGAACUGGAGGAGGAUCUAAAGAGGUUGAGAGCUGAAGCUUUAGGAGCAUCUCAGGACUCUAAAGAUGAGGGUGUGGAGGAUUACUCAUCUCCACUGCAGGACGAUGUGGCCAUGACGCAGAGACGACGGUUCACACGUGUAGAGAUGGCCCGCGUGCUGAUGGAGCGCAACCAGUACAAGGAGAGACUGAUGGAGCUUCAGGAGGCUGUGCGCUGGACCGAGAUGAUCAGGGCAUCUCGAGAGAGUCCUCCUCUACCAGAGAAGAAGAAGUCCAUAAUCUGGCAGUUCUUUGCACGUCUUUUUAGCUCAUCUGCGAGUCCUCCUCCAGUGAAACGGCCGUACACCAGUGUCAACAUUCACUACAAGUCUCCCUCUCCUGCUGGCUACAACCAGAGACGCUCCCAAACCAUGUGCCAGAUCUCCACCUCCAGCUGCAUACUGGAGUUCAUGCCUGAAGAACUGCCCAGUAACGGUGUUGCGUCUCUCCUCAGCGAUUCUGCGCUCUGUACUCGCAGAGAGCAGCGUCGAGAGCAGUACCGACAGGUGCGCGAGCACAUGCGCCGGAAGGACGGCCCCAUGCAGACCUGUGGCUGGAGUGUCCCGUCCCGAUUGAAACAGAAUGGCUCGCAGGCGGACAGUGCUCAAGAUGCCACAGCGAAGAGGACGCAGGCCAAUGAGAAGGAGGAUAAUCGCAUGAAAAAUGUCCCUGUGCCAGUGUACUGCCGCCCUCUGGUGGAGAAAGACCCCAACAGGAAGCUAUGGUGUGCUGCUGGUGUGGAUCUCACUGGCUGGAAGACACCCAAUCAGGAGACUGCAGCUGUGAAGCCCUCCAAUGGCUCAGAUCCUUUGACUGGUGAAGGUGAAGGCACAGACAGCAAGAGUGAGCAGAGCUCACCAGAGAAAAAGAAGCCUAAAGAGCUGCUCGAGACCGACUCCAUGAGCAGCCGCGUGUGGAUACUGACCAGCACUCAUUCAGCCAGUAAAGUGGUCAUUAUCGACGCAAACCAGCCCUGCUCACUGGUCGACCAGUUUAAUGUGUGUAAUGCCCAUGUGCUGUGCAUCUCCAGUGUACCAGCGGCCAGUGAGAGUGAUUACCCAGCAGGUGAGAUAUUUCUGGAGCAGCAGGCUGGAGAUGGGCCUUCAGAGGAGAAGGGUGGAGUGGAGGGCAUGCUGGCGGGGAUCACCAUCGUGGGCUGUGCCACUAACUGCAGCGUAGUGCGCAGCAACUGCUCGUCUCGCACCGACACACCCGUGCAGGACCGAAGCCAAGCUCCUACAGCUCCAGUGUGCAGAAGCCUAGCAGUGUCACAGUCUGCGGAGGAAGCCACAGAAGCCAUUGAGGUGUCCGAGGAGGCAGGGCCUAAUGAGAAUGAGGAGAGCACACUCGGACCUUUCACCGAGCAUGUCUUUACUGACAACACACACAGUGAGGCAGGUGUGCCGAAGGAGCAAGUGACAUCAGCCCCCACAGACUCAGAAGAGGCAGGAGACGACCGGGCAGGAACAAGUGCUGCCCCGACCAUGUGGCUGGGAGCCCAAAACGGCUGGCUUUAUGUCCACUCUGCAGUGUCCAACUGGAAGAAAUGCCUCCAUUCAAUCAAACUCAAAGACUCUGUACUGAGUUUGGUACAUGUGAAGGGGAGAGUUUUGGUUGCAUUAGCUGAUGGAACUCUUGCAAUCUUCCACAGAGCUGAAGAUGGGCAAUGGGAUCUAUCUAACUAUCACCUAAUGGAUCUGGGAAGACCCCACCACUCCAUCCGAUGCAUGGCUGUGGUUCAUGACAAAGUCUGGUGUGGCAACAAGAACAAGAUCCACGUGAUCCAGCCCAAGAGCAUGCAGAUUGAGAAAUCAUUUGACGCUCACCCACGCAAGGAGAGCCAGGUGAGGCAGCUGGCAUGGAUUGGUGAUGGUGUCUGGGUUUCAAUCCGCUUGGAUUCUACGCUCCGCUUGUACCACGCUCUCACACAUCAGCAUCUGCAAGAUGUGGAUAUCGAGCCUUACGUCAGCAAGAUGCUGGGUACAGGAAAGUUGGGCUUCUCUUUUGUCAGGAUAACUGCGCUGCUGAUUGGAGGAAACCGAUUGUGGGUGGGGACUGGAAAUGGCGUUGUCAUCUCAAUCCCUCUGACUGAAACCGUAGUGCUUCAUCGAGGGCAGCUCCUCGGACUGAGGGCCAAUAAGGUGUCGCCCACGUCGUCGGGGGGCGUGAUCCAUGUAUAUGCAGAUGACAGUAACUCUGAGAAGAGUAGCUUCAUACCAUACUGCUCUAUGGCACAGGCUCAACUCUGUUUUCAUGGACACAGAGAUGCCGUCAAAUUCUUCGUGUCAGUGCCAGGCGAUGUGUUGGCCACCCUGAAUGGUAGCGUGUUAGACAGUCCGUCAGAGUCUCAGGGGUCCUCAGCCCCGACAGACACAGAAGCACAGAGUGUUCAGAACGUGCUGGUGCUGAGUGGAGGAGAGGGUUAUAUCGACUUCCGUAUCGGUGACGGUGAAGAUGAGACAGAGGAAGCAGAUGGUGAAGCUCCUCAGAUGAAGCCAGCGUUGUCUAAAGCAGAGAGGAGUCAUAUCAUCGUGUGGCAGGUGUCUUAUGGUCCGGAGUGACAUGAACAGACACCUCCUGCCUGCCCCCCUUUCCGCCCUAUAAGUCCGCCCCCAAAGAUGAAGUAUGAAUCCUUUCUGUAACUACGCCCCGAAUACUGUACCUAAGCUAUGUAACUACCACGGCCUUGUAACUACCCCUUUAAAGUCUUAUAUUGACCCAGUUUGCCUGUAUUUUCCUACCCUCAAUUAUAACUAGCUGUACGAUCCUUCAAUCUACCUUGUAACGUUCCCUUCCCAACAAAAAAACACACAAAGUUCAAGAACCUCCUGCAUCUUAUGACUGAAUGGCAAUUUCAGAUGAAAUAUAAACAGCUUAAACAAGUACCAAACUACGUUCCUGAAAGAACUACCCAUUUUUGCCAAAUACCCUGACCUUUAUAUUUACAGUCCGUCAGCACACAGCUCACUGAACGACAGGAAUUUGCCAUGAACUCAAGUGACUUCAGAGAUGAGAGGAAUCAUUUUUCUAGAUGUGUAAUGGAAUACAAGAGGGAAAACGCAAAAGAGACCUCAAUAUGUAAAUACUGGAUUGCAGCAUGGACUGCAGAGAGAAAUAAGAGUGAAUAUUUGAUGAUUUGUCAGGAUUUGUUGGCAAUGUAGCACAACCCAAACGUCCCAAUGCUAUUUCAACUCAUUAUUAAGUACUUAUGUAAAAGAAUAUUUAACAAAACUGAUUUAAACAGCUCAAAAUCCCUUCAACCAUUUGCAGCUAUCCAUUUUCCAUUCUCAGUGAGAUGUGUGCUGACUAGCUCUACUAACUUCCCUCUGGGAUUAAGAAUGAGGUUAACAGCUAAACCGAAGCCUUCGAUUGGACGAGGUUUGAAAGAGAUGGAUGUCCCAUUCGCAUUGUAUGUAAAUCAUCACUCUGUGUUCUCUGCGUGGUUAAGUAUUAAGAAAUAAACAUGUUUAUGUGCUGA